GAGUCGAUAGAAUCUAACGGCGACAACAUUUUGAUCGGGAAGAGUUGAUAUAGGCAUAUAGCCAAUGAGGGGUUGUAGCGGUGGCGGUGGCGGUGGCGGUGGCGGCGGCGAGUCAUCUUUGUUGUUGCUGCUGCUGAUUCUUCUCUUCUUCUAUCCGAUCUCUGCGGCUCUCUCUUAUGCUCAGUCCACUGGAUUGUGUGUUUCUCCUGGUGGCCGCUUCCCUACAUUUGCUACCGAAGGAAAACCUCCUAGAAGAGUUAGCAAGGGACCCAAAGAUCUUGCAUUGUGCAGGAUAUUUCGGCAGAAGACUUGCUGUGAUGUGACCCAAACAUAUCCUGCCUUGCUACUCAUACGAAGACUGGCUUCUUCUGGAGAAGCCAGUCAAGAAUGUCUGCAUUUAUGGGAGCUCUUGGAGUGCUCUAUUUGCGAUCCACGCACUGGUGUUCAGCCUGGACCACCUUUAAUUUGUUCCACGUUCUGUGAUAUGGUUUUUCAGGCCUGCUCAAGUGCAUAUUUCUCCAUCGAUGUCAAGAGUCAGGCUCUCUUACCUUGUGGCUCAAGCGACAUUAUCUGUGGUAAAGCUUCUGAGUGGGUCUCUAAUGGUACAGAGCUCUGCCGCCGAGCAGGUUUCUUGGUUCAGCAAGAUUGGCAAAGAGUGCAGUGGCUUGAUGAGCCAUUUUGCUAUGGCGGGAAAGCAAGCCUGGAGUCUAUUUCUGAUUCAUGGAAAUCUCCAGAUUCUAGGUCGCCUGAAGAUUUUCGGCAAUGGGCGAGAGAAAUGCCAAUAAGGGAAAAGGUAUUUUGGGCUGUUGGAGGAAUGGUUCUCACUGCAGGGCUACUACUAGUAAGCAAGAGGAGAAGUUACUCGCACCGUCAGAAGCAAGCAGCCAUCCGUCGCACUACGAGAAGGCUAGAAGUGAGGAUCAAACAGCAGCCUUCGGCUAGAAAAAAUUAAAUAGGAAGGUGCAGUUACUCAGCACAAUGUUGGGGGUAGAUCUCAUGAUUCACUAAUCAGUGUUUGAUAUCUUUCCCUGGUUUAUCUGACAGUUGAUUCAAACGCAUUCUCUUCUGGUGUCUUCCUCAUAGGAAUUUGUUAAAUGAUGUAUAGAUUAUUUGAAAUUUUUGGUCCUUAAAUUUUGGUAAGGUUUGCCUUGCUUUGCUUUGUAA